AUGAGUAAAUGGAAGGAGCCUGCGUUCGUGAAUGAUGGGUUCAACAGCUGGAAGAAGGCACAGAUGAGCUUCGCCAAACACGAAAAGUCGAUGUGUCACCAAGAAGCAUGCAUGAAAGAACUGAAUGAAAAACAGGAGGGCAUCUCUGCGCUACUGUCGCAGCAGGCAAGCAUGGAACAGGCUAAGCGAAGAACCUGCUUGAAGAAGGUUAUCGAAACCCUGCUGUACCUACUGCGACAGAACAUUUCGAUCAGGGGAAAAGAUGAAGCAGACGGCAAUCUGUGUCAGCUGCUCAGCCUCAGAAAGAAGGAUGUGCCAGAGCUUCAGCACUGGAAAGAGUAUCUCUCUCCGACCAUCCAGAAUGAGCUGAUUCGCGCUAUCGGCACGACUCUGUUGCGUGAUCUGCUGAAGGAUAUCCGGGAAGCCCGGUUCUUUGCCAUUUUGGCGGAUGAAACAACCGAUGUGUCGUUGAAAGAGCAAGUCAGCCUAUCUAUUCGCUGGGUAGACGCUGAUCUACAAGUUCACGAAGACCCGGUCGAACUGAUUCACACUGAGGAGACCACUGGCGAAGUGCUCACGGCCAUUUUGAAAGAUGCACUGGUGCGUAUGGAGCUGCCACUGAGUCAGUGCCGUGGACAGGCGUACGACGGCGCAGCGAAUAUGCAGGGCAAGUUGAAAGGAGUGGCGACAAGGAUCAGCCAAGAGUGCCCAGCUGCCCUGCAUGUGCAUUGUCUCGCUCACUGCACAAACUUGGUGUUGCAAGAGGCUGUCAGGAAAAACAAGAUGAUUCGAAAUGCACUUGACAUCACGAACGAGCUCACAUCCUUCGUCCGAAACUCUCCGAAGACGGCUGCGUUGCUCCGGCGCCUGGCACUGGGGACAGAGUCAGGGACUGGCUCUCUGCGUCCACUGUGCCCCACCCGCUGGACGUGUCGUACUGCAUCGCUGAGAAGCGUACUGGAAAACUACGAGCUCAUCAUGCACACUCUGGAAGAGGUGAGCACCGAGUCGAGCGGAGAGCACGCUCGAAGGGCGGGAGGAAUGCUGGCCCUCAUGGGUCAGUUUGACACACUGAUGGGCCUACGCAUGGCCAUCGAGGUGUUUUCCAUCGCAGAAGACCUCUCGCGUGGCCUGCAGUCGGCGACAGCGACGGUGGGAGACACACAGAAGGCAGUGACACGUGUGUGUGAGCGAUUUGACAGCAUGCGGACAACGGUGUCGUUCGACAAGAUGUACGAGAAGACCGAACGAGAUGCAGAAGAGGUGGGUGUCGACGGGCCUCAGCUUCCUCGCAAGCGCAAGGUUCCCAUGAAACUGGGCGGUGGUGAUCAGCAUCCAGACGCAACGGCAAAGGAGAUGUACCGCCGCCAGUUCUUUGAAGUUCUUGACCUGCUGACAAACCAGCUAAAGGAGAGGUUCACUCAGCCGACCUUCGAAAAGGCUCGUGAGGUGGAGCGCGUGUUGGAAGUGCGGGGAGAGACGUCUCCGUUCCCGCCGUCGUCAGAGAGCUCUAUGGCGACGAUCUGGACCUGGCACGGCUGGAAGUGCAGCUGA